AACCACCGUGAUGAAAAUGACUACAGACUUUGCUUUUUCUAGUUCAAAAUGUCGACAAUGGCUCGCUACACACAUAAUGCAAUUCCCGACGGCCUUCACAUAGUGUUUGUUAAGUACUUUGUGAAACCGUUGUAUCUGGAAAUAGGCCGCUGUACACGUUUUAUUAUUGAUACAUAAUAGAAAAUAAGUUCUGGACUGAUACAUCAAUAUGCUUUGUGAGGGGCUUCUGGAAGAAACGACAUAUGUCAAAAUAGAACUUUUGAGAAAUAAAACAAAGGCAUAUAUGCCCUCUGAACCUGCCAAAAAAAAAUUAUUUUGAAUUAAUUCAUUUACAUAUGUUGCAAAUUAGGAAUAUAGUUACAGUUAUGCAGACAAAAAUAAAUGGACUUUAAAAUUGUUUUAUUAGUCAUAUGUGAUGCGAAAGUAGAUAAAUUCAUAGCACUGUUGAGCAGAAUUUACCUCCACUGUACUCAUCUUUACUGGUAGGAGCAUAACAGUCUUGCUUAACAUAUCAGAAUGUUGGCACAAAAAUUUUUAAGAUGUUAUGUAAAGUCAAGGAUGGCAAAUGGAUCUCACAACAAAUUCUUUUAUUUAUUAGCAAAUUCUGGUGCAAUAUGUUUCAGAAAUACAAAGUCAUCAUUAGGGUCUGUAGAUAUUAUACUACAAUGAAAAUAUUCACCUUCUAAACCCAUUUAGUGCCAGAAAUACAAACACACUAAUGAAUGACCUUAAGCAAAUACAUGCUGAUAAAAACCUCUACUUAUGCUCCUUUAACAUAAGCAGUGUGUACACUAAUAUCCCACUGCAUGAAAUACUUCAAAUUAUUCAGUAUGCACUGCAUCUAAUGCUACAAAAUCAUGUCAUUUGAUGUAUUAUAUGACCUUUUAAUUAAUGAAUCAUUAGGUAAAAGUUCAAGAAUGUAGGAGUUAAAGUCUUACGUAGGACAAAUGGAAACUGUCUUGUGCUUCUUAUUAGAAAACGUAUUUUGUUCCAAUAAGAAUGGCAUCUGGUCCUGGGGAUUAUACUGAGCACCUGUUACAAAACGUUCAUGAAGACAUUGUGCCUCCCACUACAGAUGGCACUACUACAUUAAUUCAAGGAUCAUAUCAGUAUUAUCAUUAUGGCUGUGAUGGUCUGAAUGACAGGGGCUGGGGUUGUGGCUACCGCACUCUGCAAACCAUUUGUUCAUGGAUUGUAGAUACUAUGCGACACUCCUCUGCAGUGCCCAGCAUCCUCGCCAUUCAGCAGGUGUUAAUUCAUCUGGAGGACAAACCUUCAAAUUUUGUGGGAUCUCGUGAUUGGAUUGGCAGCUUUGAGGUAUGCUUGGUUCUGGAUCAUCUUUAUGGUGUAUUAUCAAAAAUAAUUCAUGUGACUAAAGGUUCAGAUUUGCAUCAUCAUAUACCAUCCUUAGUAGAACAUUUCAAUAAAUAUGGAAGCCCUCUUAUGAUGGGUGGUGAUCAGGAUUGUUCUGCAAAGGCCGUGGUGGGAGUACAUUCUUCUGACAGUGACACUUACCUUCUAAUUGUGGAUCCGCAUUACAUCGGCAAAGCAAGAAAUUGCCACGAAUUGCAAAAGAUGGGCUGGGUCAAAUGGCAACAUACAAAUGAGUUUGUACACGGCUCUUUUUAUAAUAUUUGCCUUCCUCAACUUGUACACCGGAAGUGCUGAUACCAGUGGAGCUGUAAACAAUGUCCACAUAAAGCUGAUGAAAGUAAAGAAUGGUCACAGGAAUCAAGUAAGAAACAUCGUUACUAUCGUGAGAAUUUUGUUUGUAAUUUUAAAUCAAACCAGCCUUAAAUAAAGUGGAGAAAAAGAGAGUAGAAUUAGGAGGCAUAGUAUAUGCAAGCAUAAAUCUAAAUAUUUUUCAUCUGCGUUUGGCACCAAGUGUCUUUUCAAAGUGUAGACAGUUUUGUUUGUAUGCAUGAUUUUAUAUAUCAAUACACUACGCAAUAUGCAAGGUUUUAAGAUGCAAAGGGCAAUGUUAGAAUAUUUCUGUGACAAACCACCCUGGGGCUGUGACAUUUAGAUGGUUUUUAAAUACCUGGCAGGGUGAACACUUCAGUCUUUCAGUACCCAGAGUUUGUUCUCUGUAACCAGUCAUGGUUGUCAGACUGCCCAUAGUUCCCUUUCUUCCCUUCCUUGGGGUUGGCUAUACAGUGAAAGGGAAAGAAUGAGAAGAUCAGAGGCCAGCUUGAAGGGUCGCUAUAGUCACAUUACUCUCACGGAAUAUGUUGACCCACCCAAGUGAUUAUCUGUUGUGGCAUGUUCAACCCCGUUGGAGGUCUAAAUCAGUACUGUACAUUAAGUUGUUGAGUGAGCAUUUCCUUUC